AUGAGUGACGAUGCAGCGGCUGCCGCUGCUGCUGCUAAGCGCGAGGCGCGCAAGCGAAAAAUUCUAGAGCGAGGAGGUGACCGCCUUUCGCGUAUUACCCAUACGGGGCGUGGUAAGGAUUACGAGGGCUUGGAAUCGACGCCCGUCAAGACAAUGCCGACUGUCGAAACCACCCACACCAGCAGCGAUGUUGCUGUUUCUGAGCCACAACCAGUACGUCUUCCCAGCGAGAUUAUAGGCACCAAGGCUCCUGCGUCUGUGGCACCUUCGCCGGCUCUCGCUGAGGGCGAUCCUGCAGACCCCAUUGCACAGAUGCUAGCCUCACUCCAACAAGGAUCCGAGGGCGGCGGCAUGCCCAACGACCCGAUGGCAAUGCUACAGCAGCUCAUGAGUGCGACAAAGAGUCAGGCUGGUAUGCCUCCGCAAGUGCCGGGCAUGUCGCUGGCCGAGUCGGCGCGCAUGGAACGGACGAUGCGCCGAGUUCGCCUAUGGCAAGCGACGCUUGUCUUCCUCUUCGCAUUCUACAUUGUAUUUUCGUCGAUCUUCUCGCAUGCGACUCACCCUGGUAUUACGGGCCGUACUUUGCCCACUGAUGCAAGCCAUGGGUUUGCGCGCGAUACCUUCUUCCGCCAAUGGGCCUCGUUGGCGCGCAAAUAUACUCCGAUGAGCGAAUGGCUCAGUGCUGACGACCCCAGUGUCUUCCCCUGGGGUGCUCUGCGUACGCCCAUGGACUCCAUGCGUCCGUACAUUGGCGAUGCGGUUGUGGAUGGAGAGUGGCCUGCCUGGCCUGUCUUCUGGGUCUUCGCCUCGAUGGAGAUUGGUCUUCAGGGCAUUCGUCUGGCCAUGCUUCAGCGCCGUCCUGCUGCCCUACCUGGGCGUCUCAGCACGAUCGCGUCUAUGUAUGCGCCAGCGCCGCUCCGAUCUAUCCUCCCGCUGGGCGCCUCCUUGCUUUCUCUUCUCAGCUCGCUCGUGGACGAUCUAUGCAUUCUGCUCUUUGCCAUUGGUUUAGGUGUCCUAUUUUGUCAUGUAUGGGCGCCAACAGCGUAA